GUGAGGGAGUUCAUCGCCUUCCCGGAGGGCACCGAGACACCCAGAGCCGCAGGAAUGUCCCGGGCCGCAGGAAGGGGCAGGAGGGCCGAUGCUGCUCCGUCUCCUGGGGGGUUUUAUCCCCUCCGGGGGGGUUUGGUCAGCCGCAGCCGCCGCCCCCUGCGCCGCCCGUGCCCGGCCCCGCCGUGGGGGUGGGUGCGAUCAGCCUCCCCCUUCCCCCCCCGCCCCGAGGCAGCUCCUCCUCAUCCUCACCAUCCCCGCUCGCCCUGCUCCGUGCCGCUUCUCCCCGCGCUCCCGGGAGCCGCAGCCGGAGCGCCGCGCAGCCGCCGCCCGGCCCCGGAGAGGCUGCGGGAUGGCCGAGGGGGAGAUCACCACCUUCAGCGCCCUGACGGAGAAGUUCAACCUGCCCGCGGGCAACUACAAGAAACCCAAAGUGCUGUACUGCAGCAACGGGGGGCACUUCCUGCGCAUCCUGCCCGACGGCACCGUGGAUGGCACCAGGGACCGCAGCGACCAGCACAUCCAGCUCCAGCUGAGUGCAGAGAGCGUGGGGGUGGUGCACAUCAAGAGCACCCAGUCGGGGCAGUACCUGGCCAUGGACACCAACGGGCUGCUCUACGGCUCGUUACUGGGUGAGGAGUGCCUGUUCCUGGAGAGGCUCGAGGAAAACCAUUACAACACCUACGUCUCCAAAAUGCACGCGGACAAGAACUGGUUUGUGGGGCUGAAGAAGAACGGGAACAGCAAGCUGGGCCCGCGGACUCACUACGGCCAGAAGGCGAUCCUCUUCCUGCCCCUGCCCGUCUCGGCCGACUGAGGCCCGGCCCCGAGCCCAGGGACGACCCCAAACCCCAAACUGCUGCUGCCUCCUGGGAGCUCAUCAGAGCUCCGAGCUUUAGGUCAAGGCUUUGCCAAUCUAGCCAAACAGAGCCCCUUUGCUCUGCACGAAGCUUUGCAGAGAUGAGGGGACGAGCCCUGAUGCCCUCCCGAGGUCCACGGGGCCCCAUCUCCCCCUGCCCUCAGCCCUGUGCCCGUGUGUGCCAUGACCCUCAGCUGUGUGUGCCCAUGUGUGCCAUGACCCUUGGUUGUGUGUGCCAUGACCCUCAGCUGUGUGUGCCCGUGUGUGCCAUAACCCUCAGCUGUGUGUGCCAUGACCCUCAGCUGUGUGUGCCCGUGUGUGCCAUAACCCUCAGCUGUGUGUGCCAUGACCCUCAGCUGUGUGUGCCCGUGUGUGCCAUAACCCUCAGCUGUGUGUGCCAUGACCCUCAGCUGUGUGUCCAAGUGUGCCAUGACCCUUGGUUGUGUGUGCCAUGACCCUCGGCUGUGUGUGCCCUGACCCUUGGUUGUGUGUGCCAUAACCCUCAGCCGUGUGUCCAUGUGUGCCAUGACCCUCAGCCAUGUGCCCUGUGUGCCAUGACCCUCAGCCAUGUGCCCACAUGUGCCAUGACCCCCAGCUGUGUGUGCCAUGACCCUCAGCCCUGUGCCGUGUGUGCCAUGACCCUCAGCCCUGUGCCGUGUGUGCCAUGACCCUCAGCUGUGUGCCCAAGUGUGCCAUGACCCUUGGUUGUGUGUGCCAUGACCCUCGGCUGUGUGUGCCCUGACCCUUGGUUGUGUGUGCCAUAACCCUCAGCCGUGUGUCCAUGUGUGCCAUGACCCUCAGCCCUGUGCCCUGUGUGCCAUGACCCUCAGCUGUGUGUGCCAUGACCCUCAUCCCUGUGUCCAUGUGUGCCAUGACCUUCAGCCCUGUGCCCUGUGUGCCAUGACCCUCAGCCCUGUGCCCUGUGUGCCAUGACCCUCAUCCCUGUGUCCAUGUGUGCCAUGACCCUCAGCCCUGUGCCCUGUGCCAUGACCACGCUGCAGCUCACGGGACCUGCCCUGCCAGGCACCCAGAAAUGUGCCCGAGGGUCGCGCCGGUUCCCAGAGAAGCGCACACUUUGUGUCCCCAGGCAUUCUAAGGCAAAGCUCCCUGGACACUGUGUGUUGAUGCAUUUAUCCAUCCAGGUGUGUAGCUUCUGACAUGCCCUCGAGCAGUGCCAGACUGCAGCAUCAGUCCCGUUAUCCAGGGCCAGCCUGCUAAGUGCCAGCCGGGCAUGCUAAGCUGAGCUAGGCAGAGCUCCAGCCUCAGACCUUAUCUCCUCACAACAUCAGCAGUGUGUGUUUCAUGCUAGUACCUGCCAUAUGUUAUUUGUAUUUAUUUAUUAAGUAAAUAUGUCUCUUCUA